GAUCAAAAGAAAACAACCCUAAAACCCCUGUAACAUUUUCUCCUUCUCUCUAACUCUCACCAACAAAAAUGGACUUUAAGAAGGUGAAGGUACCAAAUGUACCUGGUGGUGGUGCUGCUUCAGCUUUAGUUAAGGUUGGACUUUUAGGUGGAAUUGGACUUUAUGCUGCUUUCAACAGUCUCUACAAUGUUGAAGGAGGUCAUCGUGCUAUCGUUUUCAACAGACUUGUUGGUAUCAAAGACAAGGUUUAUCCUGAAGGAACACAUCUAAUGAUCCCAUGGUUUGAAAGGCCAGUCAUUUAUGAUGUCCGUGCACGACCUCAUCUCGUGGAGAGUGUUUCUGGAAGCCGUGAUCUCCAAAUGGUCAAGAUUGGGCUUCGAGUUCUUACCCGACCUGUAGCAGACGAGUUGCCUAGCAUCUAUCGAACUCUUGGGGAGAACUAUAAUGAGAGAGUCCUGCCUUCAAUCAUCCAUGAAACAUUGAAAGCUGUUGUAGCACAAUACAAUGCCAGCCAACUUAUAACUCAAAGAGAGGCUGUGAGUAGGGAAAUUAGAAAGAUUCUGACUGAAAGAGCAACCAACUUUAACAUUGCACUUGAUGAUGUAUCCAUCACAAGUUUGACCUUUGGGAAGGAAUUCACAGCUGCUAUUGAAGCAAAACAGAUUGCUGCACAAGAGGCUGAGAGGGCUAAGUUUGUUGUAGAGAAAGCAGAGCAAGAUAAGAAGGGUGCUGUUAUCAGAGCACAGGGAGAAGCCAAGAGUGCUCAGCUAAUAGGUCAAGCUAUUGCAAACAAUCCAGCCUUCAUCACUUUGAGGAAGAUUGAAGCUGCAAGGGAGAUAGCAUCGACUAUAGCGCAGUCUGCGAACAAGGUAUUCUUGAGCUCAGAUGACCUAUUGUUGAAUCUUCAGAGCAUGAACUUGGAGCCACCAAGCAAGAAGAAGUAAAAAACAGCUAGUAAAUGUCUUUGCACGUUAAUGUGGUUAGAACAGUAUUGAAAUGAUAUAGCCUUUUGUGGGAAUAUCUCGUGGCUUCCCGUUAGUUUGAUAUUGAUAAAAGACAUGUUGGAAAACAAUGGCACGAUAUAGUUUAGUGUAAAUGAAGAAACGUGACUACUUCAGACCUUCCA